AUGGACUCAACCUACGCCUCCUCCAGCUACCCCGACCUUUCUUCCCCGGCGAUGCCCACCGCCGGAGGCGUCUCCCGCCCUGUCAAGAUCAUUCCUCUUCAGCAUCCUAGCGUCGGCGCCGGUUCUUCUUCUUCCUCCUCGAAUUCCCCGGCCGCUUUCUUCUCCGGCCUCGCCACCAAAUGGAAACGCCUCACCUUCCUCCAAUUCAUCGACGGCCUCUUCCCCUGUUACCGUUGGAUUCGAACCUACAGAUGGCGCGACGACUUCCAGGUCGAUCUCAUCGCCGGUCUCACCAUCGGCAUCAUGCUCGUCCCUCAGGCUAUGUCUUAUGCAAAAUUAGCAGGGCUUGAACCAAUUUAUGGACUGUACACCGGCUUUGUCCCCAUCUUUGUGUAUGCAAUAUUCGGGUCAUCGCGGCAGCUGGCGAUUGGUCCUGUGGCCCUUGUUUCUCUUCUGGUGUCCAAUGUUCUAAGGGGAAUUGCUGGUUCUUCCGACGAGUUGUACAUUGAACUUGCCAUAGUAUUGGCUCUUAUGGUUGGAAUACUGGAGUGCAUUAUGGGUUUUUUGAGGCUUGGAUGGCUUUUACGAUUCAUCAGCCACUCUGUUAUUUCUGGCUUUACAACUGCUUCAGCCUUUGUGAUUGGACUAUCACAAGCAAAGUAUUUCUUGGGAUACAACAUCACACAGAGCAGCAAGAUUGUGCCAUUAAUUCAGAGCAUAAUAGCUGGAGCAGACCAGUUCGCAUGGCCUCCUUUCGUGAUGGGAUCUGGCAUACUUGCUGUACUUCUUAUUAUGAAGCAUUUGGGAAAAUCGAGGAAGCAAUUCAGGUUUCUUCGAGCUGCAGGUCCCCUCACAGGUGUCAUUUUGGGGACAACUUUAGCAAAAAUAUUUCAUCAUCCGUCUAUUUCAUUGAUAGGAGAGAUACCUCAGGGUCUCCCAAGCUUCUCAGUUCCAAAGAAUUUUGGCUAUGCAAAGUCUCUAAUACCCACAGCAUUUCUCAUUACUGGGGUAGCAAUAUUGGAAUCUGUUGGGAUUGCCAAAGCUUUGGCUGCAAAGAAUGGAUAUGAACUCGAUUCAAGUCAGGAGUUGGUUGGUCUUGGUUUAGCCAAUAUCUUUGGCUCUUUCUUCUCCUCCUAUCCAUCAACAGGUUCAUUUUCUAGGUCAGCUGUUAGCAAUGAGAGUGGGGCAAAAACUGGCUUAUCCGGCAUCAUUACUGGAAUAGUUAUGGGCUGUGCUCUUUUGUUCUUGACUCCAUUAUUUGAGUUCAUACCACAGUGUGCUCUGGCUGCAAUAGUCGUUUCAGCUGUGAUUGGACUGGUGGAGUAUGAGGAGGCAAUCUUCUUAUGGCGUAUCGAUAAGAAGGAUUUUCUUCUUUGGAUCAUUACUUGCACCACCACUUUAUUCCUAGGUAUCGAGAUUGGUGUUCUCAUCGGGGUGGGUGUGUCACUUGCUUUUGUCAUUCAUGAGUCAGCAAAUCCACAUAUCGCUGUCCUGGGGCGGCUUCCAGGCACCACUGUAUACAGAAAUGUUCAACAAUACCCAGAGGCAUAUACAUACCAUGGCAUUGUGGUCGUUCGCAUUGAUGCCCCAAUAUAUUUUGCAAAUACAAGCUACAUAAAGGACAGACUGCGAGACUAUGAAGUUAACGUUGACAAUUCGAUCCGACGUGGACCAGAAGUCGAAAGGAUAUACUUUGUGAUUUUAGAGAUGUCACCUGUUACGUACAUAGACUCGAGUGCCGUCCAAGCUCUGAAGGACCUGCACCAAGAGUACAGAUCCCGAGAUAUCCAGAUAGCUAUUACAAAUCCGAACCGAGAAGUUCUACUGACGCUUUCGAAAGCUGGGGUUGUGGAACUCAUUGGCAAGGAAUGGUACUUCGUACGAGUGCAUGAUGCGGUCCAAGUCUGCCUUCAGCAGGUUCAGAGUUUGCACCAAACUUCAUCGCCAGCAGCGGAGUCCAAACCCAAUCGAUUCGAGAGGUUAUUGAAACAGAGAGGGGAGGACUUGUCGGUGGCCGAGUUGGAAUCUGGGCAGAGAAAAGCAUCUGCUUCCAGGAAUGGUGACCCGAACUUGGAGCCAUUGUUGUCCCACAAGUUCACCCCUUGA